AUGGAUCUUCAUCAAGAUGAGAAGCAAUCAUUAUUAAAGUUUGGAAGUGAACCACGUGUUAGAAGAAAAAGUUUAGAUGGAAGUGCAUCAUGUGGAAGUCGAGCAAAAAUAAUACAAAAUGACAUUUUAAUGCCGCAGAUUGAUAAUGUACGAAUAUCCAAAGAACAAGUAAUGCUUGAAGAUUGUCAAAAACUCUUGGAUCAAAAUGAAGAAUUAGAUAAACCGGAUAAAUAUGGCAUCACACUGUUACAUAUUGCUGCCGCCAAAGCUUAUGAAAAUGUGGUGCGAUUAUUAAUUAAAAAUUCAGUUAACGUUGAUGCUAGAGACGAAACAGGUGCAACAGCGCUUCACUUAUCAGCAAAACAUUCUCAAGGUUUGAUAAUAAAAUUACUUCUUGACGCCAAAGCAAAUCCUUGUCUUCGAGAUAAAUUUGGACGAAAGCCGAGUGAAGUUGCACGCGAAACAGUUAUUCGUUUGGCAUUAAUUUGUGCGGAAGUAAAACAUGAACGAUAUGAACAAAGUGAAGAUUCAUUAGAAGAAGAGCAAGAAAAUUUCGAAACAGAAGAUGAUGAUGAUGAUGAGCGAUUAUUCAUAAUGUUGGAAAAGUGGCCUGUUAAAAACGCAACAACGACUGAAACUCUUGAACAAAAACAUUCACAGUUGAAAGAAGAAGAAGACGUACAAACUUUGGAUAUCGAUAUCUUUCAUGGCACAUCAACUGGACACGAAUCGUCAUUACCAAACAAAUAUUCGAACGAUGAUUUAGCACAAUUACCUGAAAUUAAUGAACAAAGUUUAUUAUUUGAUCUGGAAAUACGCUUUCGUCAAGGACAAGUAUAUACAUGGAUUGGUGACAUAUUAAUUGCUUUAAAUCCAUUUUCAUUAUUACCAAUAUAUGGACGAAAAAUCUCGGAGUUAUUUAAACUUACUGAAUCAAUUGUAUCACUAUCACCGCAUAUUUAUGGUUGCGCUGAACGAUUAUAUCGAAAUAUGCUUCGUGAACAAGCAUCACAGUGUGUUGUUAUCUCAGGUUUGUCCGGAAGUGGAAAAACGGAGUCUUGUAAAUAUAUCGUUCAACAUCUGUUAAGUCGAGCAAUAUCCUUUGAAACAAUGUUAAACGUUAAAAUUAAUCAGGUUAAUCCUCUCAUGGAAGCAUUUGGUAAUGCAAAAACGUGGAUCAACAAUAAUUCGAGUCGUUUUGGAAAAUAUUUGGAAAUACAUUUUUCACAGACAGGAAAUGUUCUGGGAGCUCAUUUAAAAGAAUAUUUAUUAGAGAAAUCACGAGUUAUUUCUCACAACAGUGAUGAAGGAAACUUUCAUAUAUUUUACAUGUUAUUUGCGGGAUUAUCUCAAGAAACGCUGGCAAGAAAUGGAUUACGAAUGCCAAAUGAACAUCGGUAUGCGCUUGUUUUUGUGAUUUUAUCUCUAGAGUUGUCACCUUAACAGAUCUGAAACAUGAACAAAUAUUUUUUGAAAAGCUAAUAAUCUUUCUCUGAAAAUGUGGACAUUUAUUCCGUUACCAGAAGAACCGCUAUCAAAUUCUCUAAAAGAAAACAAUCUUAACAACAGAAGAUUUAUAGAGAAAAUACUGCAAAACAUGUAAAAUAUAUGAAAGUUUCCUUCAUCACUGUUGUGAGAAAUAACUCGUGAUUUCUCUAAUAAAUAUUC